GGAUUUCCGCUCCUUGAUGAACAUCGUUUCGCAUGAGAUCGAUUGAAUAAAAGACAUUGCGUGGUUAUCUUUAUCAGAGUAAAAACAAUCUUUUAUAUAUCUUGUAUGGGGAAUUCUGCGAUCAAAUCCCCACGCUGUUUUUGCCUGCCCCCGAUCCUCUUUGCCCGUUCCACCCGCUGCCACCCCCGGAGUGAUAACCUCACCUCGGCUCGUUCCGGCAUCCAGAUGCACCUCGUAGCGGAGGCCUAUACUUUCUAUUCUUGCCAUCAUUAUACAGUUUCAAGAAGCAAGAGAGAUCAUCACCAUCGAAGCGGGCAUGGAUAUGAGAGUUCGUCAACGUUGAUGAGCAGCGACAUCGACUCAACGAGCUGCUUUGACUCAACGGACGAUGACAGCAGAUUCAGCAGUGCCACAGAAAGGAGUAGCUUAGCAAGACCAUUGAGAGGACAGAAGAAUAAGAAGAGGAGAAGAAGACCUAAGAUGCCACCUGUACACAGAGCAUCAUCGUUUAGUAGUAUAACAGAUUCAACAAUGUCACUCAACAUCAUUAAUGUCACAUUAAAUUUAGAUAAAAUUAAUUUUCUUGGCAUCAGUAUUGUUGGUCAGAGUAAUAAAGGAGGAGACGGAGGCAUUUAUGUGGGCUCAAUUAUGAAAGGUGGUGCAGUUGCAGCAGACGGUAGGAUAGAACCGGGAGAUAUGAUCUUACAGGUGAACGAUGUGAGCUUUGAAAAUAUGAGUAAUGACGAUGCAGUCAGAGUAUUAAGAGAAGCAGUUCAUCAACCUGGUCCUAUCAAAUUAGUUGUAGCUAAAUGUUGGGACCCUUCACCAAAAGGCUACUUCACCAUUCCAAGAAGUGAGCCGGUCAGACCAAUAGACCCUGGAGCAUGGGUAGCACACACAAAUGCCAUGAAAGUUGCUGCAGAGUAUCAAGGUAGAGCGGGGCCUAUGAGUCCAUCAAUGACCUCUAUGACCUCUACCAGCUCUUCCAUUACCAGUUCUCUACCAGAGUCAGAAAGGUUAGAAGACUUUGGUCGACUGACCUUAAACACGGACAUGACGACCAUCGCCAGGGCAAUGGCAGCCCCGGACUCCGGCCUCGAUAUUAGGGAUAGAAUGUGGCUCAAAAUCACCAUAUCAAGCGCUUUCAUAGGUUCUGAUGUAGUAGAAUGGCUAUUCACGCAUGUAGAAGGCUUUCAAGACAGGAGAGAAGCGAGGAAGUACGCCUGUAACCUCUUAAAAGCUGGCUUCAUCAGACAUACAGUCAACAAGAUCACUUUCUCGGAGCAGUGCUACUAUGUCUUUGGGGACCUUUGUGGAAACCUAGCCUCUCUUUCCUUAGGAGAUGAAGCCUCCGAGGCGGACAGGGACACGCUAGCGCCCCUACCCCAGCAGGGCCACUGGAUGCCCCCGCCAUCCCUCCCCACUGCACCCCCUAUGCCUUAUCAGAUGCCCCCAGGGGUCCCGGGCUACACAAGCUUCGACACGGCAAGUUACACAAGCUUUGGUGCCACAAGCAUAGGUAGUGGUAGUGGAGGAAGCAGUGAUUCUGGUCAUAGCCAAGAUAAGAUAGCCAAAGCAUUGGCAUCUAAAGGAGGAUCAGGAAGCAAAGGGAGCGGUAGUGAGUCUUCCGACCAAGCAUCUACCGUCGCCGGAGACAUUCCUCCCGCCCUCAUGGGUAGCAUGCAGGGCAUUGGACCCCCGUCCGUCACGAACACCGGCAUGAUGGCCCCUGGUGGUGCUCCUGGCGGUAGCAUCGGUGCCCUUUCGAACCACGGCAUCGGUCCCCCGUCGAUAGGAGGACAGCAUCACGGCAUCGGCUUCGGAUCUUCCUCCGGAAUCCAUCAAGGGAUCGGCCCCCAGCAAGUGCCGGUCGGACCCCCGCAUCACCAAACCCAAGGCAUCGGCCCCGCCCAAGGCAUUGGUCCCCCAAGCCAAGGUGGGCCACCUGCCAUGGUACCAAUGAUGCCUAGACAACUCGGUAGCGUGCCUGAGGAUCUAUCCGGCAGCAGACAGUCUUUCCGCAUGGCUAUGGGAAACCCUUAUUUUGAUGAUUCAGUCAGCGUGACACUUCUGUGAAGUGCGGAAAUUUUGAAAUCAUUUUAAUUAGGACGCUAAAGUCUUGCGAAUUUAUAGAAGCAGCCCCCCUGCCGCGAGCAAGCUGGAACGAUGCACCACAAGCUUGUGUCAACCCCGUUAGCCCAGCUGCUCUCCCGCACGAUCUCCUGUACGAAGCACAUUGGUCUGUAACUGUAAAACUCAGCUGUUAUACGUUCAAAUGGAAAAAGAAGUAGAUGAAGUAAUGCUUUCUGCUUGAUCAACGACAAGUUGUUUAAACUUGAUUGAGAUUCGUUUUAAGUUGGUUGACUGUUGGAGUUUUGUUUUAGAUGUUACAUUGCUGACAGAUUGGUUUUGUUUUUAAUUGGAAAGUGUUUUAAUAUCCGAGCAUGGCUUGGCCAUUUGCUUUGUUUCAAUGUUUUAAUUUGUGAUUCACAGAAGUUUUUUUUUUGUCCUGUGUUUUAUUCAACUCAUAAUGCUCACUUAUUGUGUUGUGUUUUGGAUGGUUUGCAUUGUAACAACAUUCACUCUUU